AUGCUCUUCACAGCCUUCAACAUCUACAGCGAGAUCAACAAGAUCCGUGACGAUGUUAUUGAAGACAUGGGAGAGUUCAAGUACAUGGCUAACGGAGCCUGGUCCAGUCUAAUGAACCUGGACAAAGUAAGAGAUGCCCAGAAGAAGACUUUCGCCGAACUGAUCGGAAGAAACAAACGUCAGGCUUCGGAAUGCAGAUGCCGCGCCCAAGCCAGAAACUGCCCCAGAGGUCGGCCCGGUCCCAAAGGCUACGCUGGACCAAACGGAGAGCCAGGAAUCGACGGUCCAAAUGGAUCGCCUGGCUUGGCUGGAAUUGCUCAGAUCAAAGCCUUGUACCACACCAACGUCAAGUGCAUCCAAUGCCCUCCAGGUAGACAAGGACCACCUGGACCAUUGGGACCAGUCGGAGAGAAGGGCCAUGAUGGCUAUCCUGGACUAUCAGGACAUCCAGGAAAUGACGGAUACCCAGGCCCACCAGGCCCAUUGGGAGAUCGUGGAGAAGAUGGUGAGCCUGGAUCAGAAGGUCAGCCCGGAAGAAAGGGAAUGGACGGCCGGAAGAUGGCCGAACGCAUUCCUGGCCCACCUGGACAUCCAGGCCAACAAGGACCCCGAGGUCAUGCUGGAUCCCCAGGAGAAGUUACUCCAGCCGAGCCUGGACCACCAGGACCAGAAGGAAAGAUUGGUCAUCCAGGACACCCAGGUCAUGAUGGUAGACCAGGUACCCCAGGCAAGCCAGGAAACCCAGGAGAAGACUCAGCCUACUGCCCAUGCCCUCCACAGUCCAACUCCAACUCUCGAGGAGGCUCAUCUGGAGGGGCGUCGGGAGGCAACGGUGGCUAUGAAGCUCCAGUCUCUGUGGCCAGACCAGCCAUCCCACCUCCAGCUCCGGUUUCAGCCCAAGACACUGGCUACGGUGCCGCUGCUCCAGCUCCGGCUCCAAGUUCUGGUUACGACAGUCCUGCUCCAUCUCAGAAUACUCCUUCUCCUGCUACAGCUGCUCCAGUCCAAAGUAAUGCUGGCUAUGGCCCAGCUCCAGACGCUCCAGCUCCAAGCUCCGGUUAUGAUGCUCCAGUAGCCAAAGCUCCCGCUCCUGCUCCCGUAGCCACAGCUACUGAAGAGCCUUACUUCCCAACCCCAACUAACACUAACAACAACUACAGACGCAGAAGAUUGUUGGCCAAUAGGCGGCCAUAA